AUGAACAAAAUUGCGACGGUGGAAGCUCUAAAGCAUAGAAACUUUAAUGUCCAGGAUGAGUCGUGUGCCUUAUGCGGGGAUGGCGAGGACUCGGUCUCUCAUAUUUUUUCGGCUUGCUACACGGCGUCGGUCGUUUGGAAUCACAUUAGCAGGUGGGCUAAGGUGCAGAAUUUGUUUUUCUUUGGCUUCAAAGACAUUGUGGAGAUUCACGAGCAUGUUGGCCUUUCUGGAGAGAAAAAGGAAGCUUUCAAGGGUAUCGUCAGGAUUGCUGUUUGGCUUAUAUGGAAAGCUAGGAACAAAGCGAGGUUCGAGAAUAAGGAGGUUAGAGCGGAUGUCAUUAUUAGUGAGUUAAAGGCUUCCGGUUUUUUGUGGUUUAAAAGUAGGUCGAGGUUCAAAAAUUUGUCGUGGCAAAAUUGGUGUAAAUUUGUAAUUAUGUAA